AUGGGGUCCAGUGCACUGCCUCUAAUCUUCUAUUCACCCACAUCUUCACUGAUUGUAACACCAGACAGUCCUGUAUUCACUGGAGAGACAGUCAAUCUGAAGUGUGUGAUUGAGUCUUACAAUAGCUGGAGAUGGAGAAUUGACAGGACAUAUGGCUGGACACCUGAGUGGAGAUAUGAGUGGUAUAAAGGCGGAAACAACAGUGUAAUGUUACAGACGUCUAAGCGUUACACUGUAAACAGAGACACUCUCACUAUCAGAGGAGCUACUGAGUCUGAUCAGGAUCAGUACUGGUGUAGAGGACAGAGAGAUGAAAGACCAAACUCAUCACAAUCAAGCUCUGUUUAUCUCAAUGUGACGGAUUUACCCAGAUCUACUCUGACUGUGACACCAGACAGUCCUGUAUUCACUGGAGAGACAGUCAAUCUGAAGUGUGUGAUUGAGUCUAACAGUAACUGGAGAUAUGAGUGGUAUAAAGGCGGAAACAACAGUGUAAUGUUACAGACGUCUGAGCGUUACACUGUAAACAGAGACACUCUCACUAUCAGAGGACUGAAUGAGUCUGAUCAGGAUCAGUACUGGUGUAGAGGACAGAGAGAUGAAAGACCAAACUCAACACAGGAGAGUGAACGAAUAAAUCUGUCUGUUAAUGCAGCUUCAUCUUCUCUUCUGGUCGCUGGUGUGGUUGUGGGAUUGAGUGUUUGUCUGUUGUUCUUCCUCUCACUGCUGCUGAUGUGGAGAUACAAGAAGAACAAAGAUCAGCAGCGUAACAUUAACCAGACAUCAGUCCCAAAUCAAUCUGGAGAAUAUCAACUGGAAAAUUAUCCUCUACAGUCUGGUUCUGAUCACAUUUAUGAUGACGUGACUGAAGUGAAUAAGAGAGACAGAGAUGAUCCAGAACCAUUUUUGGAGGUCACAUAUUCAGAAGUCAUUGUUAAGAAAAAGAUGUCUGUGGAUAAAGAUGAUACCAUGGAAGAGUCAAAUGAUGUAGCGUACUCAGAAGUCAUUUUUUGGGGUAAACUAUCCCUUUUAGUAUUAACCAUCAUACUACAUCAUGCUACAGAUCAGAAUUAUUCCUGA